UUUAAGAUUUUUAUCGGUCUACCACAACAAGACUACCAAUAACUACUGGUAGUACACAAACUGGUGAACCGUUUCGGACUAUGGCAAUCAACUGAAAUGGGGUGAAGUUUGGUAGGAAAACGAAAAAAAGAAGAGAAAGAAGAAGAUUGCACUGCCAACAUAAGAUGGUCAUUGUGUGGUACCAUCAACUACUGCUAGUACUUCUGAUAUUUAUAGGAGCUGCCAAAGGAGCUCAGUACAUAGGUUCGGGAGCCUCCCAACCCAACCGAACGGAUGUUGUGUGGAUGGUUCCCUCUUGGACAUGUAAAAAUGAAUAUUCAAUUGAUGUAGAAAAGUAUGGAAUUCUGCAAAAUGAGGAUCAGCAUUUUGUUGGUGGAAAACAGUUUGCAAUUUUUUAUGAGCACAGUUUUGGAAAGAUUCCAUACUUCAAGGCUCAGAAUGAAAGUGAUCCAAAGAACGGAGGGCUACCCCAGAUGGGGGAUCUCGAAGCUCACUUGAUUCAGGCUGAAAAGGAUAUCAAUGAAACUAUUCCAGAUGAGAAUUUCAACGGAAUUGCUGUCAUUGACAUUGAGGAGUUCAGACCUAUGUGGGAGCUCAGUUGGGGUCCAUUUUCGGUCUACAAAACUGAAUCAAUUCGUCUCACCCGUCAGCAACAUCCCUAUUGGUCAACAAAACAAAUUGAAUGGCAAGCUGAAAGAGAUUAUGAGAAAGCUUGUCAAAAGUUUUUUAUCGAGACUCUUCGACUUGGAAAACGUCUUCGACCAAAUGCAAAAUGGGGAUAUUAUUUGUUUCCAAAAUGCAAUGGAGAUGUUGGACAAAAGUCGGACACUGAUUGUUCUACAUUAUUUCAAAAGUUUAACGAUAAUCUACACUGGCUAUGGGGAGAAAGUACCGCUCUAUUCCCAUCAAUUUACCUGUAUCCUUCUCAAAAGCAAAACCCGGAAUAUAAUUUUGUCAAUUCAGGAGCUUUAAUAACAGAAACAAAACGGAUAAAAAGAAACUAUUGCCCAAGUUGUGAGAUACAUGUUUUUACAAAAAUUGAAUAUAAUCCAUAUUAUACACCAGAUGAUUUCUAUUCCAAGCAAAAUCUUGCCAGCACAUUGGAUCUUGCCAUAAAAAUGAACGCGAACAGUGUUGUGAUUUGGAGUACAUCUCAAUCGAUCGGAAGUCGUUGUGGAUCACUUCAGACUUAUGUAGAUAACACAUUGGGUCCGUAUCUUCAAUUAACAGACCGAAAUUUGGACAAAUGUCGCAUGGAGAGAUGUGAAGGGCGUGGGGAAUGCUAUUUACCACGACCGAAAACAAAUCCAGCUAUCUAUAACUUUGCCUGCCGCUGUGAACGUCCAUAUUUCGGAAAAAGCUGUGAAUACCGUGGCCGUCGAAUGGGUGUAUCAAUGCCAAAAGCUUCUCAAACUCCUCAAGUCAUUCCAGAUGUCACUGCCUACUUCUCAACAUCUUCCAAUGGAACUAAAAAAUAUAAUGCUCCAAAUCAGUUCUAUUCAAGAACCGGCGGAGACAUUAAAUUAGCAAGGAAGUUGUAAUAAUAAUAGUGAACAAAAUUUUGGAUCAAGCUUUAUUUGCCAUUUUGACUUUGAGAAUACUUUAAUAAAAUAAUUUUAUUUAUU